GGUUGUUUGUCUGUGGUUCAGAUUUCUGAGGCUUCCUUGGAUGUAUGGGUGAUGGAGAUGCUGAAUAUGUAAGAUAAACCAGCCAAUGAAUUCAUGAACCCACUCUAAAGUGAUCUUCUGCAUAGAUUUUCGACAUGAAAUGGGGUUUUUGUAGGGGUAGCCCUGUUUUCGAUAGGAUUAUAGUUGUUUCAGCUGGUGUUAUUGCCAAUGUCAUAUUUGCUUUCAUCAUAAUUUUUGUACAAAUUGUAUCUGUUGGUUUGCCUGUACAAGAAGCCUUUCCUGAGGUGGUUGUUCCUGAUGUACGCCCUUUUUCGGCAGCCUCACGAGAUGGAUUACUUCCUGGAGAUGUGAUUCUAUCUGUUAAUGGCCUUCAAUUGCUCAAAACAGGCCCAAAAACAGUAUUCGAAGUUGUUGAUGUUAUUAAAACCAGUCCCAAAAAGAAUGUACUCGUACAAAUUCAUAGAGGACAAGAUGAUCUUCAACUCAAGGUAACCCCAGAUGAGAAUUCUGAUGGAACUGGUAAAAUUGGAGUUCAAUUAUCCCCAAAUGUCAGUAUCAGAAAAACAUUCCAAAACUUUUCGCAAUCAGCUGAAAAAGUUUCAGGUCCUGUUGCAAUUAUCGCAGUUGGGGCAGAAGUAGCGAGAUCGAACAUUGAUGGACUUUACCAAUUCGCAGCAGUGUUGAAUAUAAAUUUAGCAGUGAUCAAUAUGUUACCAUUGCCAGCAUUAGGGGGUACUUUGGCAUUGAUACUGAUAGAGGCAGCUAGAGGAGGGAAGAAGCUUCCUAUGGAAUUGGAGCAAACGAUUAUGUCUUCGGGUAUUACAUUAGUUUUGUUUCUUUGGUUGUAUCUUAUAAUUCGAGACACUCUAAACCUUGAUUUUAUCAAAGCUAUAUUGUGGUGGGAAUUGAUGAAGUGAACCUUCAGUUCAGUUGUUUGAGGAAUUGUAUACUAAAUGAUCGAAAUUACUUGUAGUUGAGCCUAUGAUUAUAUGGAAAAGAAUGGCGGU